AUGUCUACUUUUCUUGCUGAUUCAGAGGCGCCUAUCGUCUUACUCUCUGUCAAGAACCAUUUUGAGCAAUUGCCUUCGAAAGAAGCGCAGGCUUAUGCCCACCAUUUGUCGCGUGCUUCUCAUUGGGGAACCAGAGCUGUCUUGAGAUCUGUUUCGCCCGAAAGUGAAACCAUCUACGACUUGGUUUUGGGUAUUCACCGUGCUUUGGGUGAACCACAGUCCAAUGAAGAGUAUGUGAAGGCCUUGGGUGAAGGGGUUUCUGCCGAACAGGUGACGUUGUACUUGGAGUACGCCUCGCAAUUCUUGUCUAACUUGGGUAACUACAAGUCCUUUGGUGACAAGAAGUUCAUUCCCAAAUUAGAUAAAGAGGCUUUUGAGAAGAUUGUCGCAGCAACGAAAGAUGCGGAGCUCCUCAAAUCGUUCAAAUCUGUGGAGACUCCUUUAUAUGACACCACCUUCGCUUUAUUGGGCUGGCCAGAAAAGGGUCAGUUAUCCGCAUACUACCCAGAUUGCGCUUCUGUUAUCAAGAAGGAGGAAAUCGAGGCAGUCAACGCUGCUUUGGCGGAACGUGGAAUCAUGCCUGAAAACACUAGAGUGCAAAAGAAAUCCGAUAAAGAAUUCGUUGUUCUUGUUGCCAGUGCUUUGACCUCCAACACUACAGACUACUAUCCGAAAGAAAGUAUCCAGUUGGCCAAUGGUGCCUCUCUUUCAAUCCAGUUUGGCGACCACUCUAAGGAAUUCGCCAAAAUUGUCGAGCACAUGAAAGAAGCAUCGAAAUAUGUUGCCAACGACACCCAGAAAAAGAUGGUGGAGUAUUACGUCGAGUCUUUUGAAACUGGUUCCAUGAACGCGCACAAAAACUCCCAAAUUCAGUGGGUCAAAGACUUGGGUCCAUACGUUGAAUCCAACAUUGGAUUCAUUGAAACUUACAGGGACCCAUCUGGUGUUCGUGGAGAAUGGGAAGGAUUGGUGGCUAUGGUUAAUCAAGACAGAACCGCCAAGUUCUCUACCUUAGUGAACAACGCCUCCAACUUGAUUCCAUUCUUGCCAUGGGACAAGUUGUACGAAAAGGACGUGUUUACUCCUCCAGACUUCACUUCUUUGGAAGUUUUAACUUUUGCUGGAUCCGGUAUCCCUGCUGGAAUUAAUAUUCCAAACUACGACGAUGUGCGUUUAAACAUUGGCUUCAAGAACGUUUCCUUGGGUAAUGUGUUGAGUGCCAACCCUAAGAAACAAAAGAAGGAGGAAGUCAUCACCUUCAUCAAUGCAUCCUUGCAAGAAAAGUUCCGUAAGUGGAGAGAUGAUGCUUUUGAGGUGCAAGUUGGCUUGCAUGAAUUGUUGGGUCACGGAACCGGUAAAUUAUUGCAAGAAACAUCCCCUGGUCAGUACAACUUCGACAAGGCUGCUCAUCCGGAAAUUCAGACUUACUAUGGACCUAGCGAAACAUGGGGGUCUUUGUUUGGAGCAUCUGCGGGGUCUUUCGAAGAAUGCAGAGCCGAGUUGGUUGCAUUAUACCUCAUUUUGUCGAAGCCUUUGGAAGUUUUGCCUAUUUUCGGCAUCACCGAUGCUCAAGAGCAAGAAGAUGUAAAGUUGAUCGCCACUAUCUUGAUGGCUCGUGCUGGUGUGAUUGGUUUGGAGUUCUGGGACCCAGAAUCAAAGAAGUGGGGUCAACCACACAUGCAAGCACGUUUUGGUAUCUUCAAGUGCUUGCACAAGGCUGGCGUUGUGUCCCUCAAGCACAGCGAGGGCACUUUUGACGACUUGGAAAUUGUUGUUGAUGAGUCGAAGUUGAACAAGGAAGCAGUGGAUGCAUUGGCUGCCUUUUUGCAUUCCUUGCACGUUUUCAAAACCACUGCCAAUGUGAAGGAAGGUCUUGCUUUCUACAACGACAUGACCGAAGUUACUGAAGAGUAUGCUUGUUUGAGAGACACUGUUCUCAACAAGAAAUUGCCACGCAAGCAGCUCAUUCAAGCGAAUACCUUCUUGGGUGAUGAUGGAUCUGUCGAGAUCAGAGAAUACGACGAGUCUGAGGUGGGAAUGAUCCAGAGUUUUGCUGACAGAAGAGUCUAA